UUAGUUUUUCGUGCGCUUUUCCGGGGGAUUGUUGCAGCUGUUGACGGCGGAAACGCAUUUUUCACACAUACACACGGCAGCUUAUUUUGGUUUGUUCUUUUUUCGCUUCGCGUUUUGCUUGGCACAGCCGCUUUCUAUUAGUUUAUAACUAAAACUAACUACUAAUCUCACAUAAAAACCAAUGGGAAUAUGCUAUCCUACGACAUCAACGAGCGGCUGCUGAGUGCUGUCCAAAGCGGGGACAUUGAGCAGGCCCUUAACUGUAUCAUGCAUGGGGCGCAGGCCUCGUAUGUAUCCCCGAACUGCGGACGCACGGCCGUCGGCACGGCUGCUCUGCUGGGCGAUGCCGAGCUGCUGGAGCUCCUGGUGCAGUCCUGCGAGCAGCCGGAACUGGAUGUGUUCCGUCAGACACAUACGGAUAGCCUGGAGAUCGAGAGCACACCCGAAGGCAUGGAGAAGCUUGAGUGGGUGGACGAGUUCGAGAGCUGCGCGGAGAAUAGUGGACAGUCGGCUGCUGGAGCAGGAGGCGAGGACAGUGUGCUAUAUCAGUAUUAUGCCAAGACCUUGGAGAGCAUGGGGGAGUUUGUGGCCCAAUGCUGCGCCAAUUGCCGCGAGCAGGAUCCACAUGUGUGCGAUGCCUGUCUGACCUCGCCCCUGCACUAUGCCGCCUUUUGGGGGCACGAUAAGUGCGUCCGGAUACUGCUGGAACACAAUGCGCCGAUCAAUGUGGUGAAUAGCGAUGGCUAUGGUCCCCUGCAUUUGGGUGCCGGAUUCCCCAAGGUCACCCGGCUGCUCAUCCAGCACGGAGCUCCGGUCAAUGCCAAGACCCUGAGCGACGGCAAGACGGCCCUCCACUUGGCAAUCGAAAGCAAGUCGAAGGAGUCUGCCCAGCUGCUGCUCCAGACGAACAUCAACAUCAACGAAACCGACGACUUGGGCGAGACGCCCCUGAUGACGGCCAUUGCCUGCAGCAUGACAGUACUGGCCAAAGAAAUGCUCGAGCGGGGCGCCCACAUCAAUAUUCAGGAUAAUGAAAACCAGACGGCUCUGAUGCUUGCAGUCAGGGGACGCCACACUGAUAUGGCGAAACUUCUCCUCGAACGUGGAGCUCGGCGUCUGGCCUCCCAGCAUCUCCUGCAUCUCGCCGUUGGACACAAUAAUCGGAAGUUGGUGGAGAUUCUGCUGCACUAUGGAGACAGUCUCUCCGUGCGGGACAGCGACAACCACACACCCAUCAUGGUGGCCAUCUACAAUCAGCAGUCGGAAAUGCUGGGCUAUCUGCUGGACGUGGCCGAGCAGCAUCGUCGUCAGGGCCUGUACAUGAAUGCCCAGGACGAGGGCUUAGUCUUAUUCGCCGUACAGCAUGCCCUCCACGUCGACGAUCUGCGAGCCGUCCUUAGAGUGCUGUUGGCUAGGCUGGCCAGCGCCCGUACAGAUCUGUAUGGCUCGUGUGCUCCGACCAUAGUCUGCGGACUAAUCUAUUGUCAGACUCCGCUGUCGCGAGCCAUUAACCUGCACCGUCUGGACCUGGCCGAGCUCCUCAUUCACGAGGGCUGCAAUCUUGCACAGAUUUGUCCGGAGCAUGUGGUCAACGAACUGCGCUCCAGCUGCUCUCAACGGAGCGUGGCCUUCGGACGAUUGCUGUACAACGCCGGAUUCCAGCUGCCAUUCAAUAAGCGAUUGCCACCCAACAAUUGGUCAGCGCCUCGACAGCAACUUGAAAGGGAAAUGUCCCUGCAUGUAACAAACCCGCGCUCCCUUAAGUCCACCGCUCGUCUGGCGAUACGCAAAAAUAUUCUUUCGAAUCUCCAGAUACGGCACUCGCUGGAGCAGAAAUAUCUCCCGAGACCUCAUCGAUCCACGCUAGGCAUAAUCAUCGACGAGUUUGAUAUACCAGAGAUAUUAAAGAAAUAUCUCAGCGACUUUGAUGAGUUGGCCAAGGUGUGGUCCAUAGACGCGGAUCGUGAACCCAUGCGCAUCUACAGAUCGGCAGAGUCAUGGGAUUAAGUAUUUUUUCAGAUGUAGGUUUUAAAUUUGUGGGUAUGUAGCUUUUAGUUUUGUAUAUUGGAAAAUAUACAUAUAUAUAUAUGGCCUAUCUCUGAAUGUCUUAUAUUUGUGUAUAGGAGAAUUUUAGGGCUCUGCAAAAUUUCAAACUGAGUUCGAUCAGAGAUACCAACACAUUCCUUGCACAACUCUAAUGUGAUAAUAAUUUCUUACAAUACAUGGUUGGAACUGUGUCCUCCCCCCCACGAAUGCUCGCUUCUUGUAUCUGUUUGGGAGAGAUACAUACAUUAAAUUAAUUGCACAUUUCAUAUUUAUUAGGCAUGUAUGUAUAUAGUCUAUAUAGAUAUUUAUAUGAUGCUCUAGGUUAUUUUUUUAUCUAUGCCAAAGUUAAGAUUACUUUUCACCCAAAUACAAUCUAUUGUAUCUCUGACAGAACAAAACAGAAAGAAGGGGCAUUACAUAUGCAAUUGUAAAUUAGCCAACAAAAAUUAUAGUUUAAGAAAUUCAAACAUCGGAUG